UCCGAUAACGAGAGAAUGACAUGCUCGUGAUUACCAUCUUACACGAGAACCCUGAUGACAUGACGUUAUUUUGAAGAAAGAUAUAAGGAGAGUGCGAUUGAGACGAUCACAAUCCAGAAAACCACCAGCUAAGCAGAAUCGCUGGGACUGAUAAUUCUCAAUAUGGCUUCCACGACAGGAGACAAAGACCAGUAUAUUCUGCUCAGGGAUUCCAGUGCAUCGUCAAGGCUCUUCGGGCAACAUUUUAUAAUGACGGCGAAGAACGGAGGAUGGCUCUUGCAUCCCAACGUGCAGGCCACGGCAGAGAAAUCGAGAGCACGGAUCGCAGACGUGGCCACUGGGAACGGAGUAUGGGCUGGGGAAGCGGCGCUCAAGUAUCCCGACGCCCAAAUCGUGGCUCUGGACAUGUCGGAUAAGCAAUAUCCACCGGGCUGGACAAUGCCUAAGAAUCUUUCAUUCGACACCUACAACGUCUUGCAAGCCGUGCCGGACAAGUACAUCGGGUAUUUCGAUAUUGUACACAUUCGACUUAUUGCCGGCGGCCUGAAAGGGCCAGCAGAUUAUGCCGUGGUGACCGAGAAUGUGUCCAAGAUGCUGAAACCAGGAGGCUACAUUCAAUGGCAAGACGUGUACGCGCCAGGCUGGCAGAUCAUUGACCAGACGCUCAGUUUUGACGUUGACGACGAGACGUUUCCGCCGUUUCUUGCAAAAUUCGACGAGGCUGUCAGCGGCGGUAUCACCCAGACACUGUCGCGAGGCAUAAACCACAUAUUGAAGGACAACGACGACUUCGCGGACGUGGAGAUGAUGGUGCCGGGUGUCGUGCCAUGGCUGCUGAAGUACGAGACGGAUUACUUGGCCAUUUCGUUCGCUGAGCUGGUCAAAGGAUCCCGAGGGACUCGUGCUGUCGGGGAGGAGAGUCUUAGGUUGCUUGACGAAGCGGAGGGCUUGCUGCAGGAGUAUCUUGGCCAAGGUGGGCUUUUGACUUACAAGACUAUGUCGGUAGUUGCGAGAAAGGACAAUGGGGCAUGAGGUACAUGUGUUGGGUAAACAGGAUGGGGCUGGUUGGACGUUUCCCUGAAUGACCUACAUGUAGGCAAUGGCGUCGUCUUGUAGAACAUGCAGCCCCUCUGUGCUGAAUCUAGCAUCCUCAUCCAUCAGACUUGUCAUGCGGGAUCGUUAGAUCUCUGUGCCUCCCCGUUCUGCAUUUGCAUGAUGAUUUCCGCCCCAGCGAUUGGGCAAG